GCUGUGGCUUAAACUCUCGUGAGAUCUUUUCUCUGUCUCUCCGUGUUCAAAAUCGGCUGGUGUCAACUCGCAAGGACUCUUUUUCUCAGCUAUAUAUCCUUGUUUCUCAAGGCUUUCAGUGUUUUAUCUCAGUGGAUUGUUCCACACCAAGGACUCACAGCUCUCGGGAUUGUGAUUGGCUAGACAAAGCAAAACAUUGAAUCAUGGGGAAUAUUUUUGGCAAUCUGCUGAAGAGUCUGAUAGGGAAGAAAGAGAUGAGAAUUCUGAUGGUUGGAUUAGAUGCUGCUGGUAAAACCACCAUUCUUUACAAACUGAAGCUGGGAGAGAUCGUGACCACCAUCCCAACCAUCGGCUUUAACGUGGAGACAGUGGAGUACAAGAACAUCAGCUUCACUGUGUGGGAUGUGGGUGGUCAGGAUAAAAUCAGACCACUCUGGAGACACUACUUCCAAAAUACACAGGGUCUUAUCUUCGUGGUUGACAGCAACGAUCGGGAGAGAGUUAACGAGGCGCGGGAGGAGUUAAUGAGGAUGCUUGCAGAAGACGAACUACGUGAUGCUGUCCUUCUUGUCUUUGCAAACAAACAGGAUCUGCCGAACGCUAUGAAUGCAGCUGAGAUCACAGACAAACUGGGCCUCCAUUCGCUCCGCCAUCGCAACUGGUAUAUACAAGCGACCUGUGCAACCAGCGGCGACGGUCUGUACGAAGGGCUCGACUGGCUCGCCAAUCAGCUCAAGAAUAAGAAGUGAGGGGCGGGAUUUUCAUAACGUGGCCGUCUCUCGCUUUGGGAAAGGGGUGGGACUAAUUUGGCCUUUAUGUUUGUUUUUUCUUUGUUUAAUUUGAAUAUUUAUUUGGUUGUACAGUAUGUGGUUUAAAGAGCCUUCUAUGCUCUGCACACACGCACACGCAUUCACACGCAGAUCAACAUGCAUCUAAUUUCCUCUGCUGACUUCUCCAUUUCACUCUACGAACAGGGUCGGUUUAUCGCAUCGACGUUUGGACGAUUUCAUCAUCUCUCACUCGCUAACGUGUUUACAAUCAAUGUUGUCCUUGACUGCCAUGAAGAAGAUUGUUGGGUCUUGGGCAUGCUCAUGCAUUAUUUAAUAUGCUUCUGUAUUUCUCCGUGGAUGUGAUUAUGAUGCAGUUUGCCUCCUCACGAACACAAUAUCCACAGUCUGUGAUCCCGACAGUUUGAGAUUGCGUUAGAUACCCUGCUGUAUUUUGCAUGGCUGUUUCUCUCUGUGUCGUGUUAGGCGUUGUGGUGUAGUAGAGGUUAGAUCUGCAUGUGUGUGCUUAGUGUUGCAUGCUGCUUUGUGGCCGUGCUGUACUAGAAUGGACACAGUGACUGGACGCAGUACAACAAAUGUCCCUUGUCACACAUCCCUCAAAUGUCACACAUCCCUCACCUAGAUUGUGAGUCAAACGUGGUGGUGUUGGGCUGUCCUCCAUAAUUCGCAUUCGAGUGAAGCUGUAAAUAAAGCUUUCUUCCAAUCAAACGCCCCUUGGCUAAAUGUUGCAUGGGUAAAACUAUUGUUAUGUAAGAAUCACUAGCAUUGUCUGCAUGGCAUGCAUGAUAGAUAGAUAGAUAGAUAGAUAGAUAGAUAGAUAGAUAGAUAGAUAGAUAGAUAGAUAGAUAGAUAGAUAGAUAGAUAGAUAGAUAGAUAGAUAGAUAGAUAGAUAGAUAGAUAGAUAGUUUAACACAUCUGUUUAACACAGUCUUUUGUUAGUUAGUUAGUUAGUUAGUUAGUUAGUUGCUAUAGUAAUUUACCACUGACAUGAUUAGUAGAUUGUUAUGACACUAAACUGAACUAUUUUUGCUUUUGCACUCAUAUUAGUGAACAGCACACACAUGAACACAAAGCCUCUUUAUGUCAGUGGUCUUGGCAAACUGCAUAAUAACUCGUCUAAUUCUGUGUUUGUCGCAUGUUUCAUUCUCACAAUGCAUUUUGUGGGUUCAGACUAACAUAUCACCCCCAACAAAUGUGACUUUUGUUGAAUCAGUGAACACAUUUUGGCUUUAUUCAUGGUGUUUUUGAUUUGUAUAGUUGAGAAAGGAGAAAAAAAUAUAGAUAUAUACAUUUAUAGUAGGUUGUCUUUUGCGUUUAACACUUCAGGCGCAUAUCACAGAUGGAGCGCUGAUUUAUAAUUCAUAGUACUAACAUAAUCUAUGUGUUACAGACGACAAGGACAAAUGCAAAAUCAAAUGCUAACCUAUUUUAGCUAUUUUGGCUAGGGAACAUAAGCUUAGUUAUCUUAACACACUAUACAGUAGUAUUUCAACAUAUAAUGCAAACAGCGAUACGUCAACAAUGCCGUUUCUACACAAGUCUGCAAUGUGAAUCGUCCAGUCUGUUAAGUUUUGUGGCCUUAUCUUCUUACAAAUGUGUGUUUUCACAAGGUUAUUUAUUAACUAAGUUAUUGGGUCACUGAGUUGCUUGUUUCGUUUUUGGUUGGUCUGGGAACAAAAAGGGGUUAAAAAAUCUCAAAUACAUUUAUUCUUUGCAUAACAUUUUUUGUGUGUGUGCUUAUUGAGUAGCUAGAGUUGACUUUUUAGGAUGGUUUAAAGAUUUAUUUUGUCUUCUUCAAUAUUAUAUUUUUAUUUAUGUAUUUAUUUCGGUGAGUGUUUUGGUGAAUGUGUUUUUUUCCUCUGUGUGCUUAUGCAUUUUCUUCGUUGAUUUUUUACUGUGUUGGGUAAAUCAUUUUGAUGGCUUAUACAGUGUCAGUGAACAUAAUCAAUGAAGGAGGAAAACAAUUUCUCACUGGAUAAUUAAUAAAUUAAUAAAUAGAAUUUAGAAAUCAUGGAUGAAAUGUGUACGUAUCUGUUACAGUAGAUUAAGAAAGAUUAUUGUUGAUUAUUAUAACGCAGACACCAAAAUCUUUCUCUCCCUCUGAUCCCUGACUGUAACACUACAUUCAAAUAAAAACGUGAAAAUGA